CAGCAGCGGGGAGCCAGCCCUAGAGCUCGGGGGGCGCAGUAGCGGGCUUUCUUCGCUUCCUCUCCUCCGCCUAUCUUCGAUCCUUCCUGUUCCUGGUUUCACUUUUUUUACAGUGUUCUCUUUUCAGUAGACAGGAUAACAUACUGUUGUCAUUUCCCCAUAUUAUUUUACUUUCCCUCUCUCUCUCCCUCUGUUAACCUAAAAAUUGGGGAAAAUCCCAAUUUCAUCUCACAUCUAUGAACCCGGCCCUUUCUCUCUCUCAUUUAUCCGUGCUUGCUCUGCUCUGCUUUGCUAAGCUUUGCCUGUCUUCGCCGACAACCGCCAAAUCCCUCUGCAAUUCAAAGCCCUCCGUCUCUCUAUCUAGCUGCCCAUCUGCUUCCUCAUCUCUUUGUUUAAAUUUUUCCCAACCCUCUUUCUCCAGUUACAGUCCGUUAUUCCUGUCUCCUUACCUCAUCAGGGAAUACUUAAAAAAAACUAACAAUCACUGUGGAGUUCGCUUAGUUGAAUGACGUUUUGGCUACUUAUUGGAUUCAGAGGGGAUGAGCCUGCCAUUUGUUGGAGCUGUAUGUGUCUAUUGAGUGUGGCGUGUACCUUGCCUUAAGCUUUUAGCAGCAGAGGUCAUUCAAUUUUCAUCUCGGUAUUUAAACAUUAUUCUCAAAUGUCAGAAGUUGACAUGGCAGUCAUCAAACCAGAGAUGAUGAAGUCAUAUAUUUGGCUUCAAACUGCUGAUGGUUCGAUUCAACAAGUGGAACAAGAGGUUGCCAUGUUUUGUCCCAUGAUAUGCCACGAAAUAAUACAGAAGGGCAUGGGAUCAUCGAAGAACUAUGCCAUAUCUCUUCCACAACGCGUCAGUCCUGCCAUGUUGAGUCUGAUUCUUGACUACUGUAGGUUUCAUCAAGUACCGGGUCGCUCCAAUAAGGAACGGAAAAGUUUUGAUGAAAAGUUCAUUCGAAUGGAUACAAAAAGGCUUUGUGAGUUGACAUCAGCUGCUGAUAGCCUCCAGCUUAAGCCUUUGGUUGAUCUAACUAGCCGAGCCUUGGCACGGAUUAUUGAAGGGAAAACCCCCGAGGAGAUACGCGAGAUAUUUCAUUUGCCAGAUGAUCUGACCGAGGAAGAGAAGUUGGAGCCUUUGAAAAACACAACUGAUGAUCCCCGGAUUCGACUUUUGAAUAGAUUGUAUGCAAAGAAGAGGAAAGAGCUAAAAGAAAGGCAGAAACAAAAGAACAUCGAGGUGGAAGAAGAGCGUGUAGAUGAGCGAUCAGUUGAUGACCUCUUGUCAUUUAUUAAUGGAGAAAACGCAGAUUCCAAAGGAGUUGCAACUUCAAAAAACAAAAAGAAAAAUCGCCGGAGAAAGGAUCCUCAAAAGAGCACUUCCAUUGACCAUGCUACUGAAUCGCCUAAAAAGGGUUCAAAUGGGUUGGGUUGUUUAGGCACUGGGGGUGAUAAUGAAUCACAUUCUACACUGAGCGAAACAUCGAAAUUGCAAGAUGUAGAAGAUGACAUUUUUUAUCAUAAAGUGGAGCUUGACGAUGUUGAUAUUGAUGAUGAGAUUGAUCCCGCAUUAAAGGAGGAAAUUGAUAGGUCGCAGCUCUUAGUGUUGGAUGAGUUUGGCUUUGUAGGGUUUAUGGACCUCAGUAUAGUGUCAUCCAAUCAUCUAUCCAUACCAGGAGGUGGAAGAUUUUGCGAGGAGAUUGAAUUCAGACUGGCCUGAAAGGAUGCAGGAGCUUCUGUCUUUGGGUCAAGAGAAGAGCCCUGUUCACUUUUCCAUUAAUGGCAAUGGUAGCUUGAGAAAACACCAAAGAGAUCGAUGGUUGAGAAGUGAAGUAACUGAAAGUAUGUUAUUGGGUGGGGAUGAGCAGAUGAGCAAAAAUGAGAUUCAAUGGUAACUGCUGCUGCUAUUGCUUCCUCCUCAGUCGGGCAAAUGACUGGACCAAUUUUGACGAAAGAAAGACGGUGCGGGCUAGAUGUCGUACCCAAUGGUGCCGAGUGCCGAGAGGAGCUGGUUGUUUGUCAUAUCUUAAUGUGGGCUGAAGCUGGAUAGGGAUCCCUGUGCAAGCAAAUUCCUGAGAGAAUCAAAAUUUCAGGUUGUGAUGAUUUUUUUAUUCUUUUUUUUUUUAAUUUCUCUGGUGAAGGAAAGAUGAACCAGAGGAUGAAGGGGAAAGAAAAGAAGAAUGUGCUUAAUUUUUGACCGUUGAGGCAGAUUUAAAGAAAGAAAAAAAACAACUUGUACUUCUCACAGGGAGCAAUAAAAGCUUGAGAGAUAAGAUGAUGAUUGAUCAGGUUUCUUUGGUUCAGCGCAAGCAGCCGGCUUUGUUAAGAAAAACAAUUUUCAGGUGACUUCGUACAGUAAAAGGGUAGAUAGAUUAGACCCUCUUUCUUGUCCUUUGUUUUUCUUCCUCUCAUUGAAAAUUUUUAGGGGGGAUUUUAUUGUAAUC